CGGAAAAGUAGAAGCGUUUUAGAAAAUGGGGAAAAGUAGGAAGCGGCUGAUCCACACUGGUUGUGUUCCUGCUGCUUAGAGUCGCUCGAGGAACUUUAUAAACACUUCACUCAGCUGAAAAACCUCAGAUGAUGGUGUGUGUGUGAGCGCUCUCUGGAUCCAGUCGAGUGUGCGAAGAAAUAGUUCCACAUGGAGCAGGACGACUUUCCUCCCCCUCCUCCUGAUGUGCUAGACGAGGAAGAAGAAGGUGAGCCUUUUGAAUUUGACGAUGAAGUUCCCGAGGCCGAGCGCCCUCCCUUAUUCCCUCCUGCAUUGGGUUACAACUCUUCAGGCUGCCCGGUUUUGGAGAAUGCGGAGGAAGAUCUCUUGCCACCACCACCUCCUCCUGCUCCACACGGUGACUUGCCUCCACCUCCUGAAGAGGGAUUUAUUCAGGAGGGUGUAAAUAAGGAGCUCCCCCUGCCUGAGGGUGCACAAGGGAAUCCUGUGUCUCGACCCAAAGUCAAUCCAUACUCUGUGAUUGACAUUUCUCCUGAGAGCCCACCCCUGUUGGUUUCACCAGCCAAUGGGAAUGAUGGUGAUGCCCAUGAUGUAUCCAGCAGCCCGGUUGUGCCUUCUGGAUACUUAGUGCCAGUACCUUGUGGCUAUGCCACGCCCUCCAACGUCCCAAUCAUCACCCCCACCUACACCACGCCCGUCAUCAUCAGACACCUUUCAGUGGACGAAGAAGUGACCGUUGUGGGGGCAGGGCAUAAUAUGACUGACAGUGUCUUUACUGAGGAACAUCCAGUCAUAAGGGAGGAAGACGCUCUGGCUAAGUGGGCUUCGGACCCUGCUAACACUGCCUGGAUGGAGAAUCCUGACGAAGUUAUUUAUGACGACGUUCCGAGAGAGAAUUCGGGAUCCACUACAGAUGUAGAUGAGAUGAUCUAUGAUGAUGUGGAGAGGGGUGAGGAGGCAGGCAGCAGCUCGGUGGAGAACGGAUGGAGCUCCAGCGAGUUCGAGAGCUACGAUGAAGAGAGCGAUGGAGAGAGCGCGCACGGGGAGAACGGCCACCUCCCGAACGCCUUCAUCCGCCGACACACACCCAGCACCACAACUCAUCUCUCUCAAGAUCUGACUCGCUUGAAAGAGCACUAUGAGCGAAAGGUGAAAGAUCUCAUGGUGAACGCAGUGGGCGCAGUCGAGCUACAGCAGCUCCGACACAAACAUGAGCAGAAGAUGCAAAAGCUGGUGAGAGCGGCCAAGCACGGCACCAAGGAUGGCCUGGAGAAAACUAAAGCGGCAGUGAAGAAGGGAAAGAACUUCAUUCGAACCAAAUCUUUUGGGCAAGAGAGGAAGCCGUCAUGUUUUGACGAAGAGUCAUCCGAGCUCUUCAUUGAAGUGGAGUGUUUAAAUGUGGAGCCUGUGUUAGGCCCCGCCCCUGAGGACCUUUCUCAACAGCAGGUCGUGAGGAGACGUAUCCUGGAGUCAAUACUAGAGAGUGAGAAGAAUUACCUAGAUUCACUAAAGAGAGUAUUAGAGCACUAUGAGAAGCCCAUGCAGGAGAUGGAGCCUCGGCUGCUGAGCGAGAGGAAGUGUAAGGUGGUGUUUUACCGCGUGAGGGAGAUCCUGCAGUGCCACGCCAUGUUCCAGAUCGCACUGGCCAGCCGCGUGGCAGACUGGGACCAGCUCCAGACCAUCGGGGACGUCUUCGUCGCCUCCUUCUCUAAAUCCAUGGUUCUGGAUGCGUACAGCGAGUAUGUAAAUAACUUCAGUACGGCCAUGGCGGUGGUCAGGAAGGCUUGCAUGUCCAAACCCUGCUUCCUCGACUUCCUCAAGCAACGUCAGGAGGUCAGUCGAGAUCACGUCACUCUCUACGGCCUCAUGAUGAAACCCAUCCAGAGAUUCCCUCAGUUCAUUCUGCUCCUGCAGGACAUGCUGAAGAACACACCAGUGGGCCACGCUGACCGCUUGCCCCUACAGAUGGCCCUGACCGAGUUGGAGACUUUGUCUGAGAAGCUGAACGAGAGGAAGAGGGAUGCAGAUCAGCGCUGUGAGAUCCGACACAUCGCCAAGGCAAUGAACGAGCGCUACCUCAACAAGCUCCUAAGUAUAGGGAGCAGGUAUCUGAUCCGCUCGGACGAUGUGGUGGAGACGGUGUACAACGAGCGAGGAGAGAUCAUCAAGACCAAAGAGCGACGACUUUUCCUGCUGAAUGACGUGCUCAUGUGUGCCACGCCCAACCUGCGCUCUCCUCAGGAUAGCGGGGGUGCCGUCGUUCCUUCGGGCCAGCGUUUCCUGUUGAAGUGGAGCGUUCCUCUCAGCCUGGUGGAGCCGGUGGAGUUCGGCUCCUCGGAGGAGAUGGGAGACUCCGCCCCUUUCCCCGUCCCUCACUCCGGGGAGAAGAUGGUCAUCAAUGCCAAGCCAAAUAAGUUGUACAUGGGUCCGGGUCAGCUUUAUCAGGACCUGCAGAACCUGAUCCAUGACCUCAGUCUGGUCAAUCAAAUCUCCACCAUGAUCAGCAGCCUCAAGGGCAACUACCAGAACGUGAAUGGGGCAGUAGCUCAGGACUGGGUCUCAGGUCUUCAACGUCUUAUCCUUAAGAAAGAGGAGGAGAUUAGAGCUGCCGAUCGCUGCCGUAUCCAACUGCAGUUACCUGGAAAACAGGACAAAUCGGGCCGACCCACAUUCUUCACGGCCGUCUUCAACACCCUGAGCCCGUCAAUCAAGCAGGCCUGGAUCAGCAACCUGCAGAUGGCCAAGCUAGCUCUUGAGGAGCAUAAUGUACAGGGCUGGUUCAUCGCUGAUGAUGAUGGGAAUCAGAUUAAGAAGCAGAAACAUCCACUGUUGCUGAAGCACAUGCCCGUAGUCAUGUCCAGGCUGCAGGAAUUCAAGGUGGAGUGUGCAGUCCAUAACCCAGAGCCGCAUGUUAACAGCGAGAGCACGGCGGACAUGCCGGCGGUGGGGCACGGUUGUGUUUGGGUGGCCAGCUGUACCAAUCAGAUGGCUCAGAUCGCUAUAGUUGCCAUGCAGAACUCCAGCCCGAAGGUGACCGAGUGCUUCAAUGUGGAGUCACGGAUCCUCUGCAUGACCUAUGUACCUGUGGACGAGCCCCUGGAGGAAGGAGCAGGAAACCCUGAGCCUCAGGGCUGCAACACACCAACCGUGUGUGUGGGAACAGAGGAGGGAAGCAUCUCUGUCUAUAAGAGCAGUCAGCGAUCAAAAAAGGUCAGACUGCAGCACUUCUUCACACCAGAUCGAGCCGCCGUGACGUGUUUAGCGUACAAGAGUCCGUCUCUGUAUGUCGGCCUGGUCAGUGGAUCCCUUGCUGUCUACUCACGAACAACAGAUUAUUCAUUUUCUGCUGACGGUUCAUGGGAUUCCUCCAGCGUGCGGUUACUGAAGCUGGGUGUGCUGCCAGUAAAGGCUCUGCUGGCCGUCGGGGAGUGUGUGUGGGCCUCAUCUGGGGGACAAGUCUUCGUAAUCAAUGCUCGCACACACACUGUGGAGCACCAGUUAGAGGCUCAUCAGGAGGAGGGGAUGGUCGUGUCCCAAAUGGUGGUAGCAGGAGUGGGCAUCUGGAUCGCCUUCAGCUCAGGUUCCACACUCCGCCUGUUUCACACCGAGACACUGGAGCAUCUGCAGGACAUCAACAUCGCUACACCUGUCCACAAUAUCCUCUCAGGUCAUCAGAGGGUCUCUGUGAGCAGUCUGCUGGUGUGUCAUGGUUUGCUGCUGGUAGGAACAAACCUUGGGGUCACAGUAGCUCUGAGUGUUCCACGGCUACAGGGCGUCCCCAAGGUCACAGGGCGUGGGAUGGUGUCCCUCCAUGCUCACCAUGGCCCUGUAAAGUUCCUCAUCAUGGCAUCGCCCGUACGAAACGCUGUCCCCUCCAUGCCCAGUCAGUGUGUCCCUCCUCCAGAAGAGGACGAAGUUCCUGGCUCUACUGCUUCAUUUCUCACUGAGGAAGAUGACAUCCAGGCCAUACCGACCCGCCAGGAUUCGCUCUCAUCCUCCCGCAGCUCUCUGGAGCACGGCCCAGAGGACGGCGCCAUCUACGACCUCAUCAGCGAUCCGGUGCACUCGCAGAACACCAAGCGUGCUCAGCGGGCGAACGUGAGCUCAGUGCUGGUCCUGUCUGGUGGCUCGGGUCAUAGAAAGAUCAACAAGAAGAGCAAAGUGACACGGCAUGAAGAAAACGUGCCCACGGUCAUGGUGUGGCAGAUCCCUGUGCCUGACGUGUGAUACGGGAUGACAGUAGUGAUGACAUUUCAUGGGCUGAUGCAAUCAGCAUCCUUCACUGUGCCUUCCUGAGGCAUCUCCCUCUUCUGUGCUUGCAUACAGAAAGUGAAACGGACGUGUAAGGAUGAGCCGUUCGAACUAAACUGGACGUCUAAACACCCAUGUGUGCAGUGCUCGCAGUCUGGGUGUCUGCAACAGACUUUUAACAGACAAUUUACUUGAAACGGAUGUCCCUGGGAAUUUAAGUCACUUUUAUACCACUGAACUUUUAGUUUUAUGUUAUGUAAAGUUCUGAACCCUGUGUUAAUUGAAGUAACAAAGCUAACGCCAAGGUUACUUUUCCUCUAUAGCUGCUUUUGUGUUUCAGAUUGUUCAUUUCACUUAAUGUUUAUAGAUUUCCCUGAAAUAUUUGGGUUUUAACUUUUAUUAUCAUAAAGAUGUUUAAUUAGCUUUUAGUGUGAAGUGAAGUUCACAUAAUGAUGGUGAUGAUGAUAAGAUCAUACAUUGAUGUGGCAUGCAAAUAUGAAAGUUUUAAUAUCUUGCAAAGAUCGUAAGAUUGUCAUGUCUAAAUAAUGACACUACCAAAAAAUGUCAGGGUCCAGCGAACCCUUUUACAAGUACCAAAAAACAAUUGUGGCACAGUCUGUGUAUUUUUAUUUUUUAUUUUUUGGUGAAUUA